AUGAAGAACAGAUGGGAGGAAUAUUUCAACACCCGGCUGAAUGUCAGCAAUGGUAAGGGAUGUAAAGACCAUCGGGGAAUAAAGCGAACAGAGCCCUUAGUGAAAGUGGUAGAGCGAGUGUUAGACACGAGAUUAAGAGAUGAAGUCAAAAUAAGCAAUACACAGUUUGGGUUUAUGAAGGGAAAGAACACAAUAGAUGCCUACUAUAUAACCUGGCGAAAGAAAUUUAUAGAAUCGGUGUGGCGAGAAGGAGUACCUUGUAUGGAAAAACGCAGGAAUUUAGAAAUAGAAGUGAGAUUACACAAGGAGUCGGCAUUAAGUCCACCUUUAUUUGUAAUAGAAAUAGAUGCAUUAACACAACAUAUAGCGACAGAAGGGAUAUGGGAACUGUCCUAUGCAGAUGGCCUAGUUGUAAUGGCAGAACAAGAAGAGAAGAACGAAGACCCCAUCCAAGUGGCAACACCGGGUAGAAGGAAGAUCAGUGGAAGGCAAAGGAGAUGGAAAGAAAAUGCGCAAGAAGACCCAAGGAUGCCACGCUUGAACGAGGGGAUCCACAAGGCAGACCAGGGACGUUGGUUUUCUAUUUACGUUGCCUGCGACUGCUUUUCAAGGAGCAAGAAAUAUUUUGCUUGCGUUGCUGUAGACGCAUCAGCAAGUAGUACUUUCGGUGGCAAUGGCAGUCAUAGUAGUUGUAAAGCCUAG